AAAGCCCCCUUUUCAAAAUGAAAAUACAAACCACAAGCUGGGUGAAAAUAUUUUCAAAUCAUAUAUCCGAGAAAGGACUUGGUAUCAAUAAUAUAAGAACUCUCAAAUGCAAACAGAACCAAAAUAAAAUAAAACGUGAGUGACAUGGAUGGCAAAAUGAGCGCAUUAAAAAAUGCUGGACAUCAUUAGUUAUUAGGGAAAUAUAAACUAAAACCUCAAUGAGACACUGCUACACACCUAUUAGAAUAGUUAAAAUAGAGGUAGCCAGGGGCCUAGGUGCCGAGAUGUGGUUCGAGAUUCUCCCUGGACUUGCCGUCAUGGGCACGUGCUUGACCAUCCCCAGAGUGGCCACUGGGUACAUCCACAAGUUCACUAACGGUGGCAAGGAAAAAAGAGCUGCCCAUUUUGUCUAUUAUUGGAAUUUGAUGGAAAGAGAUAGGCGCAUCUCUGGAGUUAAUCGUUACUACGAGUCAAAGGGUUUGGAGAACAUUGAUUAAAGUAGCAUUUUCCUGAUUGAUGAAAAAAUAACUCAGCAAUGGUCAUCUACUCCUGCUAGAAGGUUAUAUAGUGUAUUAUGUAGUAUGUAGUAUGUUAUAUAAUGCUUAAUAAAAAUAAAAUGACAGAAAAAAAUAGUUAAAAUAACAACACUGAUCUUUCCAAGUGUUGGUGACUGGACCUUUCUUAUGAUCUACUGAUAAUUAAAUGGUAUAACCAUUUUGGAAAACAAUUUGGCAGUUUCUUAAAAAGUUAAA